CCCAGCUAGCUCAUUUCCCCAGCUCCUUUCUCACCGCUCGGACGUCUGGUAAGGGUCCUGUGCUGGUUCAGCCAUGGACUGGGUGCUGGGGGGGAUCCUGCUUGCCUGGGUGUCGGUGGCUUGGGUGAGAGGGGCUGAGCAGUCCCAGGAACUGUCCCCUGCAGAGUUUCUGGAGUGCAAGAAGGCCCUGAAGCUCCCAACUCUGGAAGUCCUGCCGGGGUGGGGCUGGGAUAACCUCAGGAAUUUGGAUAUGGGCAGAGUCAUCAGUCUGGGCUACUCGCUGUGUAAGACCACAGAAGAUGGAUCUUAUAUCAUCCCAGAUGAGGUCUUCACUAUCCCUCGCAAGCAGAGCAACCUGGACAUUAACUCCGAGAUCAUCGAGUCCUGGAAAGAUUACCAAAGCAUCACCUCUGCCUCCAUCAACCUGGAGCUGUCCCUCCUCUCCUCCAUCAAUGGCAAGUUCUCCUACGACUUCCACCGGACCAAGACUCACCAAGUUAAAGACCAUGCUGUCACCACCCGAGUACAAGUCAGGAACCUGGUUUACACUGCUAAGAUCGACCCAGGGGCAGUUCUGGACAAGGGCUUCAAGAAGCAGCUGAUGAUGAUUGCCAGCCACCUGGAGAACAACCAAACACGGAUGGCUGAUUUUCUGGCCGAGGUGCUGGUGCUUAACUAUGGCACCCACACAAUCACCUCUGUGGAUGCCGGAGCCAGCUUGGUGCAGGAGGAUCAGAUCAAGACAACUUUCCUGAAGGACAGCUGGGCCACACGGAGUGCUGUCACGGCCUCAGCUGGCGUGGCCUUCCACAGCAUCAUCAAUGUGAAAAACGAGGAGUCCCUGGACGUCAGCUCUGGCUUCACCAAGCAGUAUCUGGAGAACCGCACCAACUCCAGGGUAGAGAGCAUUGGCGGUACCCCCUUUUACCCAGGCAUCACCCUCAAGACCUGGCAGGAAGGGAUCCGAAACCAGCUAGUGGCUCUUGACCGCUCAGGGCUGCCCCUGUACUUCUUCAUUAACCCCAGCAACCUGCCAGAGCUGCCAACCCCCACGGUGAAGAAGCUGGCCAGGCGAGUGGAGAUGGCUAUCCGCCGCUACUACACCUUCAACACCUACCCAGGCUGCACUGAUGCCACCUCACCCAACUUCAACUUCCAUGCCAAUGCUGAUGAUGGCUCCUGUGAGGGUGCCAUGACCAACUUCACCUUCGGGGGAGUCUUCCAGGAGUGUGCUGGGCUGGCUGGCCCCGACACCAGCACACUGUGCCGGGGGCUGGAGCAGAGGAACCCCCUCACUGGGGCUUUCUCCUGCCCCACCACCUACACUCCUGUGCUGCUGGGCGUGCAGGAGCGGGAGGAGGGCCACAGCCAUCUAGAGUGCCACAAGAAGUGCAUUCUGGGUGUCUUCUGCCACCGUGAGUGCCAGGAUGUCUUCUGGCUCUCCCGGGUGCAGUUCAGUGCCUACUGGUGUGCUACAAGUGGCUCGGUGGCCCCAGGCUCGGGGUACCUCUUUGGGGGGCUGUUCAGCACCCACAGCAUCAACCCCAUCACUGGUGCUCAGUCCUGCCCCUCGGGGUACUUCCCACUGAAGCUGUUCGAUGAGCUCAGGGUGUGCGUGAGCCAGGAUUACGAAGGGGGCAUCCAGUAUGCAGUGCCCUUUGGCGGCUUCUUCAGCUGCCAGGCAGGGAACCCCUUGGCAGGGCGGCACCAGGGCACUGCUGAGGACCCCCAUGCCAAGAGCUGCCCCCCAGGCUUCAGCCAGCACUUGGCGCUCAUCAGUGACAGCUGCCAGGUGGAUUACUGCGUCCAGGCUGGCAUCUUCACGGGGGGUUCGCUGCCACCUGCCCGCCUCCCACCCUUCACCCGGCCCCCCACCAACCUGCCACCCAUUGACACUGUGCUGGUGAGCAGUGGGGAUGGGGACAAUGCCUGGGUCAGGGAUGGGCAGACCCACGUGUGGCGGCUGGCCCAGCCAGAAGAGACCCAGCAUGUUGCAGAGAUGGUGAGGGGCCGGGGGCUGACAGGGGGCGAGGUGGCUGGCAUCACCAUGGCAGUCCUGGCAGGGCUGGCCACCAUCCUGGCGACAGUCUGCUACAGCCACAGGAGGUACAAGGCAAGGGGGUAUCGUGCAAUGGGCGAGGGGGACGGCCUGGCUGCUGUGAGCCCAAAGGACAGCACUGUGCUGAGUGUGGGUGAGGGGUACCAGCAAGAGCCGGAGGGGUCGAUGGCAUGAGCGUUCCUCCCACCGCCCUCCAGUUGCCAGGCAAUGCCUUGUGCCCCAAACCCAGACAAAGCCCCCUGCCCACCCCCCUUUCCAGGAGCAAAGCUGCGCAGUGCCACCAGCCCCCUGCCCCUCACCCCCUGCAGCCAAGGGUCCCCGUCCUCACAGAGGCCCCAGGCUUACCCCUCCAUGGGCCAACACAUGCUCUCACCCUCCACCAGAUCCCCAAGCUCUAGCCUCGAGCACCUGGGAGGCUCCACGGCCUUUCAGACAUCCCUCCCUGCCUGACCGUGGAGGCCAACCCCUCAUCACAACCCACCAUAAUAGCCCUCUGCCAGCCCCUGCAGCUCCAUGGCUGCAUCUCCCUGCUCCACCCAGUCCCAAGUCUUUGACCCUUCAGAGAUAAGUGAGUUUCCCCUCCACUGCAAGCCAUGCCCCAGCAGUUCCCCAACCCCAAAACAAAAAAAAAAAGGACCCAGGGCCCUUCAGCAAGGUACUGGGAUGCCCAUGGAGAACAAAAUGCUAAGCACUGUCAUCCUCUUACCCUCAGGAUGGCUCCAAAAAGCCAGGGGAAGCUGUGCAACUCCCCUAACCUCCCCCAAAACACAGGGACACCAGCAGGACUCAAGCACAUUCACGGUAGAGACUUGCUACUUACAAAAACAUUGGGUCAGGAUGCAUGCGGGGUGCCUGACUCCUGUGAGAAGACCCCCAGCGCCCCAACCACAGAGAGCCCCCCCCCCCCCAGCUACUGCAGGUACCCAGGGCCAGCACAGACAG